AUGACAGACCCAACUCGACCACGACGCAAAUCCUUUCAAGAAAUCGCCAGCGCAAAAAUUGAAGGGACCGACUACAAGAUACUCGUCAAAGACCGUGGCUCUGCCAUUGUAAUAAUCGCACCACAUGGAGGAGAUAUUGAGCCAGGAACAUCUCAAAUAGCGGCCGCCGUUGCAGGCGACGAUCUCUCACUCUACGACUUCCAAGGCUUGCGCAAUACUCAUGGUCAUCGCGAGCUUCACCUUUCCUCACAUCUUUUUGACGAACCUCGAGCGUUGCAACUUGUCGAGAAAGCAGAUACAGCGGUCGCGAUACACGGGAGAAAGGAUGGGGAUGAUCCUCAUCGAGUCUGGAUUGGUGGCUUGGAUGUUCAACUUUGCAGGAAGACCAUGGCUGAGUUGGCGAAAGGUGGGUUUGGAGCUGUGGUUCGUGAGCCGGGGGAGACACUGGCAGGGAUGGCGGCUUCCAACAUCUGCAAUCGAAGCAAGCGAAAAGAAGGGAUUCAGCUUGAGAUCCCCAAAAGUCUCAGAGAUCGCUUGAAGACCGAGUUCAUGCUGAGAAGCGAAUUUGCCAAAGCUGUCAACAAGGGGAUUCGAGAAGAGGCCUUGGUCUCCAAGUACUGA